ACACGGAGCGACGCACGCCAAUCGUUCGACGAAAUGUCACUUCCGCUUGUGCACGCUUCGCUUCCCUGUCUCAGCUUCCAUCCCUCCCGCUCGCCCAUCAUCCGGAGCCACACCCAGUUCUUCCCUCGCUCAUCGCUUCCGCAUUCCUCGCUCCGAUCUCCUCCUCCUCCUUCUCCUCGGUUUCGUCGCCCGACCAUCAGAGCCGCAUCGGCCGCGCGGUCCGAGCUGAUGGCCGACGGCGCCAGCACCGGCAGCUCCUCCAGCCCGGCCAUGAAGCUCCUUUUCGUGGAGAUGGGCGUCGGCUACGAUCAGCACGGGCAGGACGUUACGGCGGCAGCGAUGAGGGCGUGCAGGGACGCGAUCUCGUCAAAUUCGAUCCCCGCUUUCCGCAGAGGGUCAAUACCUGGAGUCUCAUUUGAGCAGAUGAAGCUGCUGAUCAAGCUCGGAGUGCCUCAUUCCCUUCAGCAAUCCCUUGACAUUGAGAGAGUCAAGUCCGUCUUUCCUUAUGGAAGAAUUCUUGAUGUUGAAGUUGUGGAUGGUGGACUGAUAUGCUCAAGUGGUGUAUUAGUGGAAGAAAUGGGAGACAAGACAGAUGAGUGUUAUAUAGUGAAUGCUGCAGUUUAUGUUGGGUACUAGUAUCUCAGUCCUCAGUUCCUGGGCAGCGUUUGCAACAUAUCUCAGUUCCAGAACCGUAGCAGACUGCUCUCCAGAGGCUCCAUAGCUGAUCUUUUUUCUUGUUUUGCGUAGUGUGAGAUAUCGUUGUACUGCUCUGCCAUCUGUUUGCUAUGACAAACUCUUCAUAGGGCAUGUGGUGACUCUUGAAUGUGUAUUUCACAUUUUCAUCUCUUGUUUCUUUGAAUAAAAUUUUUGAUACAACUUUCUCUAUUUCUA